CGACAGCUUUGCGUUAGUUGUGAAACGUCGGUGAACUUGUAAACACUCGUUUCUUUCGGGGAGAAGUUUUUUUGGUGCACGUUUAGAUUGCAAACUAGUUGGAGCAUUCUUUGAUGUAUUUUCGCUAAUGAGUUUGUGUAAAUAAACGAUUUAUGUAAUUCGAAACGACACUUUCGACCAUUGGAUAGAUGGAAAUAGUGAACCUUUUUUGAAGUGUACUAGAUUUAAGGUGACGAAUGCAGUGGCCGUGGGUGUGUUCGAUCGUGUAAAACGCGAAUAUUCUGAUGGAAUAUUAAGGUUGAAUCACACAUAUCCCGAAAAUGUUGACGAUUUCAGUGCAGGUGAAGCGGAUGGCUGCUAGAAGAGCAGAUCUGGUAACUCUUUUUCGCUGAAUCGCAACCGCGACGCUGCUGGUGAAUUUCGGUGGUGUGGAAACGUCAGAAAAAACUAACAUUUUCACACGCAAACAGUUUUGUGUCAGCGCAUGGUGCGCAGCAGGUUCAAGUCACCAUUUACGCGAGGGUGCCUGUGAUUUUUUUUGUUUUCGGUUGCUGUCUGUGCCUACUACGCUUGUGCUUGUGGCUGCGUACGUAUGAGAGUUAGCCAAGUGCUACCCUGACGAGGUUGGCAAACCGGUGGUGUGUGAUUUGAGCAGAAAUAUCCAUGAAAGUGGAAGGAAGGUGAAAAACGAGAUAAUAUCGCCGCAGUUCAUUUGCGCUGCUGAGCGAGGUGCGCGAGCGAUUUCUAAUGAAUUAAUGAUGUGGCUAAAGCUGUCCCAUGGUGGAUCGAGUUUUGUACGGUUUUGACAGCUAAUAUUUAUUAGAAAGCUGUCAAGUGGUGUGUUUGGCUGCCCUGGUGAUCUCCAGGUCUGGCUGGUGUGGCUGUCUACGAACGAAGCCAGCUGAAAUAAAUAAUAAAUAUUUGUGUUUUCAAAGUGGUUGAUGCUCGUGAGCGCCAGUUGCUGCGAACAGUGGAAGGAAGACCCAGAUCAGAAGGAAGCCAGAGUGUAAUAACAAGUGAAUGGAAUGAAUUGGCAAAUAGAUGAUUUUGUGAUGCAAGUUUUUAAUCACAGUCAAGAAGUAAAAGAUUAACAAGGAACGAGUAAGAAGAAUCGACACUAAACUUAGGUGUACGAGUAGCGAAAGUUAAUUGUUAUUGGUACAGGUGUUACAUUAAUUAGAUUUCAUACUAUCGAUCGAUUUCGAGCCGAACACGUUGAAAACAAGGCGAAAAGGAGUGAAGAGGUUGCCAGUGUCAGUGGUGUACACCGGAGCCAAACAGCAGGAAAGGAAACAAGGCUUUGGAUUAAUUUUUCUUGUUUCUCAAAUUCGUUUUGUUAUUCUUUUCGACGACGGCUUAAAUGCUCCGUUUCGUGUGUAUUCGUUUUAUUUUUCCCUACGAGUGAGUGCAAGUUGUAUAGACAGUGAUUAAAAAUAUGUGUUUCCAUUGAAUUGGAGUCGCUAUUCGAAGACGACUAAAAAGGUUUAUUUUGGUUCAAUUUCGGUUCAAGUGAGGUGUUUUUACCCUCGGUUGUAGUUCUUUCGAGUUUGGUUUGAUGCUGCUGAAGCAUCGACAUCGAUAAGCAUUCCAUCGAGGCGGAACCGGAGCAAAGGAAAUAUUUUCGAUUUUUUGUGAUCCCUUCUGAGUGCGCUUCGGUUCUCCCGACUUUUUUUUCAUACCUUCGGUUGACGGUGGAGAAAAUUCGUAACGAUGGGCAGCCGAAACGUGGAGUGUCGUAAAUUUUCACCAAACAUCUUUAACAAGAGCAAAUGUACACACUGUUUUCGCCAGCGUGAGGAACACAGUGCGGCUGCACUGGAAUGCAAUCGGGCAACGAGGAAAGUGUCAAAACGUGGAUAUUUAUUCGUGGCACCCGACUGGGACUUCAGCAAUCCGCUCUACAGAACAAAGCGCUGGCAACGACGGUGGUUCGUCCUGUACGAUGAUGGGGAGCUCACAUAUUCCGUUGAUGAGCAUCCCGAAACGGUUCCACAAGCCAUAAUAGAUAUGACUAAAGUGCUGGAGGUAACCACCGCCGAAGAUGUCACCAGUCAUCCCCACUCGAUUGCCAUCACCGCACCGGAACGCAUUACAUUUGUGAAGGGCACCUGUCCCGAGGAGAGCAAAUGGUGGUUCAAUGUGCUAUCGGCCUUCCCCAAAUCAAAGGGUCGUCACAAAAGGAAUGCGACAUUCCCUGGCGGACAGGCAAGCACCAUUUUGCAAUCACAGCCUCCAUCAACUGUUCGGAACCGACACAAUUCGUACCACAAAGAUCUGCUGCCAUCAUCACCGGUCGGCAAUCUGGUCGAGGCACUGACGGCGCCCUGCUCCUGGAGUCCCGCAGCUACGAUUACCUCCGACGAGAACAAUCUGAAUGCAAAUAAUGAAAAUACCACAAGCGGCAGCAACAGUAGCUGCAACGUGAACACCAAAGCAUCCAAAUGCUAUCUGUUGGACGAUGUGCGACGGGAGGAGAAACUAAAGGAUAUUGCCAACACCAUCACGAAUGUUAACCGAUGGAGCUCACCGUGUAUUACAGAUAGUCUAUCGAUGAUAGCGACUGCGGACGACAAACCCACACGUGAUGAGAACACGGUACCGCAGUAUAGUCCCAAAAUGACCGGACAAAUCCGACCACAGUCAUUGUCGAUCCCGUCUACCGCACCGGCCAUUGUUUCUGCCAUUGUUAAGAAGAUUCCUACUGGAAUCACCGGCAUCAAGUCAGAGCUGUCAAAACCUACCAAUGCUAACCAUACAACCUCUAGUCUGAAGUUGCGAUCUAGUCAAACCCACGAGCGAGGUGAUCCCGAUGGAGAUUGUGGCCUCGAUGAUGCUCCCGCAAGCUAUCUGGCGAAAAAUUCCGAACUUCGCGUUAGCCUACCUUCCGAGGAACUGCUCAACUCUAAAAAAGGCUGGCUUAUGAAGCAGGAUACUCGCAACGGUGAAUGGAGUAAACAUUGGUUCUCACUCCGAGGUGCAGCUCUGUUCUUUUACCGUGAUCCCGUAGCUGAGGAGAAAGGAGUUCUAGAUGGUGUUCUCGAUGUCAACAGCAUUACCAGCAUAACGGAGGUGCCAGUCAACAAAAACUUCGGAUUUCAAUUGACGACAUGGGACAACCGAAGAAUCGUACUAUCCACAGUGACCAUAAGCAUCAGGAACAACUGGAUAAAUGUGCUCAAGAAUGCGGCUGGAUUACCACAGACCAAAGUUAUGCUAAACAAUAAUAGCCUAGGGCUGAAAAAUCAAAACGAUGAGAACUUUGACACGUUAACGGAAAAAACUCCGCUAGAGAUACAGAUCAUAGACAGUGGGUCCAUUUUGGAGAAAGUCUCCAAUCAUAGUAGUAGUACUCGAAUCGGCGUCGAAACGAAUCGAGGCGAAGACGUGGUGGACUGUAAACCUGCCCAAAAGAGUCAAGACGUGAUCAUACACCUUACUAAAUCGAACAGUACCAGUGAUGUUAUAAACAACAAUGUGCCUCAGAAGUCAUCCAGUACGACAGUGGUAGUUACGACUCCAGUAACUCCGGUAACGCCAAAAUCGAUGCUUUUUUCUUCCGACGAAGAAUACCGCACUGCGUCCGAAGGUGGUCGGAGGGACAGUGUCGGAGAUUGGGGCUCGCCUUUAUCUUCUUCACCGCCAGUGCCUCUUUCAGCGAUAGCUAGAACCAAAGAUAGAUUAAGAUCAUCCCACAAUCGGUUGCAUAAACGAAGCCGAUCAUCCCCACCCAGCUCACGACGUAGUACAAUCGAUAGUGUUCAGUCGGAAGAUCUCCCGUUAAUAAACGCAGUUCAGGAAGAAGUUUUCAUUGAUAAAGAAGUGCAGCUCCGGCUACAGGCUGCUGAGAAGGAACUUUCCAUUCUACGGGAGGAAACCCACGAACGGGAGGCUAGAAUGUCUGAGCUGCUGGCAACAUUGGAACGGACGGAGCACGAACUUACAAGAAAACGAGAGAGCGAGGAGAAUCGUGAAAAACUGAUGAUGCAAUUAGAUGAAAGUCGAAACAGUGCCCAAGAAAUUAUCGAUAGGAUAACGGUGGAGUUGGACAAAAGUCGGGAGAUGAUCAAAGAAUUAGAGGAUCGUCUUGCACGUGGUAUCGAGGAAAAUGAGUCGUUGUACAAGAAAAUUCGUGAUUUCGGGAUUUCCAGUCCAGCUUCCAGCAUUUGCAGCUUAAAUACAAAAAUGGGUAAGAUGAAACGAAUGGACUCGUUUAGCGAUCUGACUAGUUUAAACGAGGUAGACCCGAACAGUUUGGAUAAAGAUAUGCUAACGGACGAGUAUCACGAGCUUAGGGCACGGUUCGAGAAAGCUGUGAGCGAGUUAAAGGCUAUGAAACGAGAACUAAAAGAAUCGCACAAGAUGUUCGAUGAUCUUGAGAUAUCCUAUGUAAGGAUCAAGAAAGAAAUAGACCGGCAGCAAAAAGAGCAUGAAGCACAGUCGAGAAUGAUGGCAGACCGAAUUCAAGAUAUGACAAACAAGUAUACGAAUGCUGAAAAACAAGUUCGAAUGUUGAGGCAAAAGCUUGUUCGAAACGAAAAAAGGAGAUCGCUGUCUUUGAAAGGUAAGGAAUCACUCUCCAUUCAAAAAGAACUAGAAGAGAAAGUGACUGAGUUGGAAAACAAGAUUGAUGCAUUGGAGCAUGGAUCGAUGCUGGUUGAAGCGGCUGUAUCGCCACAGGAAUCAUCCGAGCUAAAGAACGUGAAACGAGCUUCUACACGACUUCGAAGAAAGAGCUUGGAUAGUGCUACGAUUUCUACCCAGCCGAUGCAGGUUUUGUUACGACUGAAUACUUUGGAAAAACGAGUCGAAACGAUUAAAGCGACUACCGGUGAAGUUCUAUCGGUUUCAAGCUCUAACGAAUGUGUCAACAGUACGGAAGCCGUCAUCAGUAGUACGAGUUGCACCAAAGAUGGCAAUAAUGCAGCUAGCUUCAUUCCUCCAAAGUUCUCCGAACAUCUAAUGGACCGCCUGAAAAGCCUAGAAGGUGUAGUAAUUUCAGUUCGUGAGCUAGUUAACCAAAGUAUGCAUCAGUUUCAAAACCUAAAAUCGUCUCGGUCGCGUAGAUCAGUUUCACCAAUUGCAGACAAGAAGGACUCAUUCAAAUUCGUCGAACGGUGUCUAUCGGAAGUGUCGAAACUACUACGUGACAGUUGCGACAAUUGUGUUAUACAGGACUUUGCGUUAAAUAAUAACAUUAUUCUGCUACCUGAAACGAACCCGAUCAAGCUAGCACUUACGCAGAUGGAGGGUCAGCUAAAAAACAAACUAAGUGAUCUGUUAAAGCAGCGUCGAAUGCUUCGAGAAACGAAUGGGUUAUGUCAAAGAAAGGACAUGGAAUUGUUAGCCGAACGAAUUGCGUACGAAAGUGUUUGUUUCGGCCGACUGAGAAAUGCACUGGAACGAGCGGAAAAUGUAAAAGAAUACGAAGAGAAACAAACCAAAGUAGAAGUGUCCGAAACGAUUCAACUAAUGGCAAUGCUGAAAGCGAAACUAGCCGGUAAGUGUGGAAUCAAAACGAACAGUAGUAUUGAUGUGUUGGCAAGUGUUUUAGCAAGGAAACUAGUGCUGUCAGCAGGAAGAACCAGCAGCACUAGACCAUUAAACUUCCCGCCACUGAGUCCUAAUCUGUUAGAUGAUCUGCUGCGACAGCAGAACGAGGUUCACAUGGUAGCAAAACGUUACAAAACGACUGUAAUGGAAAAUUUGGCGUAUGGUUUGGCUGCUGAAACACUUAGCUACAUUUCGUCAUCAAACGAAACAAUUCAGGGUGCUGUUCAGGAGGCUUGGCGACAGGCUCAAGAAGCAGUGAAUGCCGAACUAGUCCAGUCUGAAAUAGCCCACAUCAUGAUGCGAAGUGCUCAACGGUAUGAAAAUGCUAUAACACCCGCUUUUGGCUACGCGUUGUCAACAAACGAACGGAUAACUUUUGAAAAUUUUGCCGAUGCUGUUCAAGAUGUACUACGAAAAGAAAUGGAAAUGGCAGUGACACAGCUAACGGAGUGCUACGAAGAAAGUCUAGAAAAAAUGAAACGUGGCCAGUGGCGAUUGCAUCUGGAGCAAGAACGAAAGCCAAGCGAGGGACGACAACUGCUGGCAGAGUUUGCUGAUAUUAUCGCCCAUAAAGCUUUGAUCGAUGCUCGCGUCCAGGUUUUAAAGGGAGAUUACGUGCCUGCCAAAAUCAAACUGAUAAGUGAGGAUACCAAUAGUUUCAGUGUAGUAGGUCUUAAAAAGUAUGAAAAUUUGUACACUGAUCUGACUUCAGACUUGGAAAUAGCCAAUCCAGAUGACAUCCUAGCCGAAGCGGACUUUAAUUUCAUGUACAAAUACUUCGUACAUGAACAUUUGACCAAUAAAUCGGACAUCAAAGAGAUAUCGAACGCAUUAAAUGAACUGGAACGAUCGGUUGUGUCACUGCAUAAUACCGUGAUCCCAGAUAAUGUAUUGAUUUCUAGUACGAUUGAUGUCGAUAGCUUGCGAAGCAUACACUCACGAUGUUGCGAGAUUCAGAAACGUAUUGAUUCUCUGUUACUACAAGCAAAUAUGCUGCACGCUCAGUGUGAUGAAUGCGAUCGACUGCAAGAGACGCUUAUCCAAAUUACCGAUCGCCACGAGACUGACAUUGCCAGCUUAAAGCAACAGAACGAGGCGAAAGUUAAUCAACUCAAUAAAAAGAUCGUCGAACAGAAUCAGCUUCUGACGAAUAUCGAGAGCGAAAAGAGUGAAAUACAAAAGAGGCUCAACAAUGAGAAUAAUUUACUGAAGUUGCGCGAAAAUGAGUUGAGUGAGUUGAAUACAAAGCUUCGUGAUUACGAGACAAUGUGCCAUGAGAAAGAUAAAGAAAUUGAAGAAUUGCUGGAAAAUUACGAUGAGGAACGCAAAAAAUCCAAAGUACUUCGCGACAAGUACGAGGAGCUUUCCAACAAUUACCAAAGAAAUGUACAGGAAUACGCCGAGCUAGAGAAAGAGCGUGACUACGUGUUUGAGCAGAUUCAACGGGAGAAGGAUCUCGUGAAGAAACAUGAAAGGCAUCUGGAGAUGCUGGAGACAGAACACGCUCAGCAAGUAGACAAUCUGCACGCUGCCUACCGGGAACAGCAGAUGGCAAACGAAAUCGACUCGCAGAAAGAUAAAGACGACGAAGACAGCCUUCGAUCGAAGUAUCAAGCGGAAAUCGAGCAACUGAGAGCUCUUUGCGAAAAAGGACUAGCCGCGAUGGAAGCUUCCCACAAACGCAUCAUUCACGACUUGCAAGAAAAACACCAGCACGAAAUAGCACGAUUGAUUGUAGAAAAGGAACAGGCGCUGGCCGAAGAAACACAGGCAACUUUGGCAGCAUUGGAUGCAAUGAGGAAAGCUCACCAAAACGAAGUUCAGCGAGAAGUUGCUCGUUUCAAGCAGGAGUUUUUGAAGCAGUUCCAGAAGGGAGGCCAAUCUCCACUAACCUUUAAAGAAAAAGAGCAAGAGCUGGAAGAAGUACGCCAGGAAAUUCUGUCCCUGUCGGAAAAGUACUCGAUGAAAUGUGUAGAAACAGCAUCGCUAGAGGAAAAAUUGAGAAUCGCUUCCCAGCAACUGAAAUAUUCCCAACAGCACAUUCAGCAACUCGAUGUUAGAAACAAACAAUUGCGAGCGCACUUCGUUUUGGGCGAAUCCGGUGAAUCUUCUUCGCUCAGUAGUUACACAUCGAAAGGAAGUCAGCUGAAUGCGCAUGAAGAUGUGAGCAGUGUGCGAAACUUCCUGAGUAGCAGCAGUUCGACGACUCCGACAGUACAAGUAAGCCCGGUGGUAGGUACUGCAACAACGCCAAAUACCACCCUACUCGGCAGUACCGAUUCAACGUCAGUGACCAGCAGCAGUUCAUCUUCCUCAGGCCAUGGUGUUGAUAGUCACAACAAAGAGUACCAUAUUAUUAACAAUAAGAAUGAAUCACACCCCAGAUUGAAGUUUUGUGAAGGAGCCAAACUGAACGUUUCUACAGUCAUCCCUACCUCGACAUCGACCGGUAUAAUCGAUCCCGCCAGUCUGGCGAGCAGCAACAAUCGAGCCAAAGUUCUAAACUCCAAACAGCUAAACAGGAACCCUCUAGGUAACGAACUGACCAGCACCUCUUCACAGCCGUCCUCCAUCAGCAGCGUCCACGCAGCAAAUCCCAUCCUUAGCACCAAUAGUAGCAGCAUUAAAAGCAGGGACAAUAACAGCAGCACCAGAAGUAAUAAUAAUAAUGAUAGCGACAGCCUCAUCGAGCCUAAGCCAACAUUGAAGAUGUGUUCGCCCCCUCCCUUAGAUGAGAAGGACGUUGAACAAAUUCAUCGAUUCGAAUUGGAGAUCUAAAGCAAUACUAUAAACAAAAAUAAUAUAAUCAUAAUCAUCGUUAUUAUUAUUGUCAACACAUUGAACAUCGGUUACAUCAUUAGCUUCCUCGAGUGCCACGCGCCAAAAUUGCACUGCUUUUCCAGCUGCAACGCAACCCUCCAAGUAAAAAUGUUAAUGGCUUUUGUUGUAUUUUAGCACCUGUGACUUCCCCAUACCUCCCACCAGUUAAUUAUGCACACAACAAUCGUUCCAGCGCGGAAUGCUUUAGUUUACAUCUAUCUAAUUUAACAGAUCACUGUAAAUUGCUAGAUUUUAAAUUCUGAUCCUUUUGUUUCAUUUUACGUGUACAGUAGCUUACGAAAAUCUGUAUAAACAUAACUAACAUUUAGUAAAAUUCAUCAUAGCAUAAGCGUAGAAUUUAACAAAAUCCGAACCUAUCUUACAGCAAGUUGAAAAAACGAGUGUACGAGAAACCAUUUGCUAACUUUCACACCUACGUACUGGUAGACUUAGAUUACAUCUGGUGUUGUCUCUUCCCUAAUAGAGCAAAAUAUGAACCAUUCAGGCAUUUUGAAUAUUUCAAAAUUAGACACCUAAGGCAGCUAGAAGUUUUUGAACCUGUUAAAUGUUUUGGUUUAAUCCAAUCUAGUAUUUCUCCUACGAAACUACGUCUACGUACUAAACCUUCCUUUAGUUCUAAAAUCUACCAAUUCUACGCAGUCUUCCCCCUGCCAAAGUGGUUCUGUUUACUUUACGUUUCAUCAAUAAUGAAAAUGCAUGUUUUUGA